CGCACUAGUUCACCCUGUUCCCCCAUCCGCCUCCCCCGUGUACGUAGGCACUUUCGCCACAACUAUCACUUGUACACUUCCCUGUAGACUGCCAUCAUGAUCAAGAUAUGGAGCAUGAAGAAGAAUGAAGAUGCCGCCACGAAGAAGAGGCCGAAGACAAGUGCUGCCCAGAUACGAGUGCAGAAAGAUCUGACCGAACUCGACCUCCCUCCCACCAUGAAGACUAACUUCCCGGACCCCACCGACCUCCUGAACUUCACUCUCACCAUCACCCCUGAUGAAGGCAUGUACAAGGGUGGUGCUUUCACUUUCUCUUUCAACAUCAACACCAACUAUCCACAUGAGCCACCCAAGGUCAAGUGCAUGCAAACGAUAUACCAUCCAAACGUCGACCUCGAGGGAAACGUGUGUUUGAACAUUCUCCGAGAAGACUGGAAACCUGUCCUAAAUCUGAAUUCGGUCAUGGUCGGCCUUCAAUAUCUUUUCUUGGAGCCCAAUGCAGAUGAUCCGCUGAACAAGGAGGCAGCAGAAGAGCUACGAAAGAAUCGCGAACAAUUCUUGUACAAUGUUAAGACAUCCAUGCGCGGUGGUAAUAUCAAGGGCGUGUCAUAUCACAAGGUCCUUUUAUGAUGUUUGUUAGAUGCGUGUAGAUGUUCUCCUCUGUUCACCAUGAUCAUUGUUUUCCACUGGCAUUAUUUGCAUUUCGAAGGUUG